AUGCUUCCCGUGUUGGCAUCUGAUGAUGUCCUCGACCGACCGAAGGAGACAAUCAAAAUGACAUCUGCUAUCGCCGACUUUUACAAGGACAAGAAUGUCUUUGUUACCGGUGCAACGGGCUUCCUCGGGAAGGUCCUUGUUGAGAAGCUGCUACGUUCCUGCCCGGAAGUGAAAGGAAUUUAUUUGUUGAUCAGGCCAAGAGGACCCCAGACUGUCCAAGAGAGGUUGAACAAGAUGGUAGAGUGUAAGCUAUUUGACAAAGUUCGUCAUGAACAGCCAACCUUCCACUGCAAGCUGCACGCCAUCCCCGGAGAAAUGUGUGAACCCGACUUAGGCAUCAGCCAAUCAGAUCAAGGCAUGCUGGUGUCAAAGAUCCACAUCCUUUUCCACGCUGCAGCGACAGUUAAUUUUAAUGCCCCCCUGAAAGCCUCCAUGCAGCUGAAUGUUGUGGGGACACGAUAUGUCAUCGCCUUGUGCCACGACCUCAAACACCUUCAGGCUUUUGUGCAUGUUUCAACUGCCUAUGCCAACUGUGACAGGAGUUACAUUGAAGAGGUUAUCUACCCUUCCCCUGUGCAGCCUCUCAAGCUGAUUGAUACUCUGGAAUGGAUGGAUAACACCAUGGUGACAAAGUUGACUCCAGACUUGAUAGGCAAAAGACCUAACACCUACACCUUCACCAAGGCAUGUACGGAGUACCUACUGACACAGGAGGCGGCUGACUUGCCGCUGUCCAUCGUCAGGCCUUCUAUCAUCGGUGGCUCCUGGCGAGAGCCUCUGGUGGUUGGAACGGGCUUGCUGCGAUUUAUGCGGGGAAAGAACAGUGCAUAUGCCGAUAUCGUACCGGUAGAUAUGACUGCCAACCUGAUCAUUGCUGCUGCCUGGGACACGGCUGUCUCAAGGGCAGAGACCAUCCCUGUGUACAACGUGACAUCAGGAGGUGUUAACCCGUUGAAAUGGGGAGAGUUCAGCGCCAUGCUGGGAACUUACUUCAACAAGCACCCACUUGACAAGCUCUUCCGGACACCCAACAUUACAUUCAUCAAUAACAGUUUCAUGUACCAGUUCUGGCAAAUCGUCAGCCACAAGGGCCCGGCUUUCCUGUAUGACAUCUGGCUCAGCAUGAUCGGACAGAAACCCAAGGUUUGGAAGAUGUAUGAAAAGGUAGAGAGGGCCCUUUCGAAAUUUGAGUACUUCACAUCUCACCAUUGGGAGUGGAGCCAUGACAACACUGAUGCACUUAUGGCCAAGAUGGGGACGGAAGACAAGAAGAUCUUCAAUUUUGACUACCGAGGCCUCCACUGGCCAACGUAUAUGGAGAACUAUGUCUUAGGCAUGAAGAAGUAUGUACUGAAGGAGGACAUGGACCAUCUCCCAAUGACGAAGGCACGUCUGAAUAGGCUCCGUAACAUCCCAAGGUGCUUCAACACCAUUCUGAUUGUUGUGGUCUGGCGUGUGUUGAUCGCGCGGACGAAGAUUGCCCGUAACAUCUGGCACCUGGUCGUCAGCCUCUGCUUCAAGUUCCUCCAGUACUUACGCAUCUCCAGCAAAAGGGGUCAUUAGGAAGUUCAAAAAGUUAUAUGCACUACUAGUUGCAGAUGACGCUAACUUGUCUUCAUCACAUUCUGACCUUGAUAUAUAUUAGUCAGUAAAAUGAAUAGAGAAUUAGACAAAGUAAACAAAUAGUUCUAAGUGAACAAAUUAUCCUUAGAGGGAAGGAAAAAAAAACAAAGAAACAACAAAUACAACAAAAAAAUGUUAGGAUACAUGUAGCUAUUAAUAACAAACCUAUCAAUCAAGUUACGCACACAUGUUUGUUAGGUGUUACCAUUGAUGGAAAACUUACCUGGAAAAACAUAUUGAUCUUAUUUGAAAACAAUCUAUAAAAACACAGGUAUUGUCAGAAAAAUCGCAAUUCUACUAUCUUCCAAAAUGUAUGAUAUCAUACUAUAGUUUGCUAUAUCACCACUGGGCUGAAAGGCAUCGGGUGUAGCCAUAUCUGAACAGGGAUAUGUAUGCAUUUGUGACAAAUGCUAGCGGAUGCAAACAGAUUCGAGUGGGAUCUGUAAAAUAUCCGAAAGUUGGAUUUUUGGGAUCCGGAAUGAAAAGAAUCAAACAUAUCCCAAAACGGGAUUUUCCGCGGAUGCUAAGCAGCAUCUUUAAGAAUAUUGCCGUACUUUUGGAAUAUCCGGAUCCUAAAGAAUUCCAAUGUAGGAUUUUCCACGAAUGCUAAUAGUUUUGUUUUUGUAGGGAUAUUGACGUAUAAUUGGAGUAAUCUGGAUGCUAAUGAAUCCCAAUAUAGGAUUAUCUGCGGAUGCUAAAUCGUCUGUCAAUGAAUAUAUCCGCAUAUUUGAAUUAGUUCUAAUUAUCCUAAAUAAUUCCAACAUGGCGUUUUCCGCGAAUAUACUAGUAUACUUUUUUUAAAAUAUCUAUUCGCAUAUUGAGAAUGGUUAGAUCCUAAAGAAUACAAAACGGGAUUUUUUGCUAAUACAAGAACGCUUUAAUGAAUUCUCCGUACAUUUGACAAAUCACAAUAUCAUGUGUGUCAAAAUAAUUACAUUCUCGUGUAUAAAGAUUGAAGCAACAAGAUGUUAUCUGGUUAAGUUAAGGUAAAGUUGAAUCCUUUAACCGCCAUUACCACAUGACGUAUUAUACUUCCAAAUGGAAUAAAUAUGGGGUAAAUAUGAAUACAAUUUAAUUCUUAUAUAUGUAAAUCUGGCAUAGGAGUCUGUGGCUAAUCUUGCUUCAAUGAGUAUCUGUUUCCUUUAAAAAUCAAAGUCUUCGCGAUGUCCAACUCCAAGAAAUUUUCACAUCGGGCUACAGGAUACGAAUAGUUAUAGUAAAUAGAGCUGGUAAUUCAACAUACAAC